GAAGAAGAAGAAGAAAAGAGCUGAGGGAAGCAGUGUAGUGGUUGAAGAAGUGCAGAAUAUUAUAAAAUCGUCCGCAACACGUCAAUUCUCUGCGCGUGUCAUCCACGGAAAGGGCCACUAUGGACAGCGAUGAUGAUAUGGAAGAAGUCGUUGAAGGCCCUCUGGAUGAGGAUGACCAGCCUCACGGGUUCUGUACAGUCACUUUCUCCUCCAGCGAUCGCUUUGAAGGACAUUUUACACAUGGAGAAAAGAAUGGAAAGGGCAAGUUCUUCUUUUUCGAUGGCAGCACCUUGGAGGGGUUCUAUGUGGACGAUGCGUUACAGGGUCAGGGGGUAUACUCGUACGAGGAUGGAGGGGUCCUCCGUGGGACCUAUAUGGAUGGGGACCUCAACGGCCCUGCACAGGAGUUUGACUCUGAGGGCCGGCUGAUGUUUGAAGGCCAGUACAAAGACAACAGCCGCUAUGGGGAGUGUUGGAUCUACUACCCUGACCGUGGCAGUGUAUUUGGGCAGGUGAACGAGGAUGGCGAGAUGACCGGUAAAGCAGUGGCAUAUGUUUACCCUGAUGGCCAAACGGCUCUCUACGGGAGCUUCGUGGAGGGGGAGCUGAUCGAGGCUCGACUCGCCGCCCUGGUUUCCAUGGAGACCACCAGACCACACUUUGACGUUUCAUCUGACAGCCCUGUGUACUCCUAUGAUAAAUCCACUUCCACCUGUAUCGCUACCCACACUCUUCUUCCAGACCCCUAUGAAAGCAAAAGGGUAUUUGUGGCAGACUCACUGAUCUCAGGUGCAGGAGAAGGCUUGUUUGCCAAGAUGGAUGUUGAGGCCAAUGUUGUAAUGGCCUUUUACAACGGAGUACGCAUCACACACUCGGAGGUAGACACUAGGGAUUGGUCCCUGAACGGGAAUACCAUCUCCCUGGAUGAGGACACGGUGAUCGACGUUCCACAGCCCUUCCACCAGAUGGACAGAUACUGUGCCUCGCUGGGACACAAGGCCAAUCACUCCUUCACCCCAAACUGCAAAUACGACCCAUUCGUCCACCCUCGUUUUGGACCCAUCAAGUGCGUCCGCACCCUGCAGGCGGUGCAGAGGGAUGAGGAGCUGACUGUUGCCUAUGGUUACGACCACGAGCCAUCGGGGAAGAGCGGUCCAGAAGCACCAGACUGGUACAAACAGGAACUGCAGGCCUUCCAGCAAAGACAGGCUACCAACGGGCAGUAAAAAAAAACGCACUACUACUCCAGUCAAUCUACCCAAACAACUACUACUCCAGUCAAUCUACCCAAACAACUACUACUCCAGUCAAUCUACCCAAACAACUACUACUCCAGUCAAUCUACCCAAACAACUACUACUCCAGUCAAUCUACCCAAACAACUACUACUCGUAUAACUGCUACCCACCUCCCUGCCCUUUGCACAGGAGCAAUAAGUCCCAAAAUGUAAAAAAAUGAAAUAAUUUCAAAAUACCGACCCAGUUGGGGCAACUUUCCCGAUCUGAACUAAUGUUACCCUUACACCUAAACACCCUCUACCUUAACAGUGCUCUCAAUGAAGCCCUGUUUCAACCUCCACCUACUCAUUGAUAACCGCCCUCCUCUAGACUGAACCCCUCUGCCUGAGCCCCCAGUCUUGCUACGGCUGCUCCUUGAGGACAAAUGGCACAGACUCUUUCCAAACAUUGAAGGGUUGUUCCAGAGCUUGGCAUCAGGUGGAAUGUGUGAUAUGUCGCUUUGUAUGAUAUAGGAAUGGGACACUGCUGUCUGUACGUGGGUGAGGAUGUUAUGGUGCUAUGGAGAUCAGCACUAACCCGGCCACACUUGCACUUAAACACAGGAACAAAUGGUUUACGUCAAGAGACCAAUCAGAUGUAAUGUACAAGGUUUACUGCUGUAUUUGCUGCUUUGUGAGUCUUGUUCUCACCAACCUGUCUUUUAUACAACCUAUGGACAUGAACUGGUAUGUGGACUGUCCUUGAUAUUAGUUUGGUAAUUGUGAUGAAGUUAGACCCCUAUUCCUUUUACUCUGCUGUGACAGGAUGUGUACUGGCUGUUUAAACCUUGUUCCUGUGUCAAUCUAAAUAGGUUUCAAGACAUUGGUGUUGCCAAAUAAUUUCCCCAACAUCACCUGAGUAUAGUAUAAAUUAGAUUUUAAAUGGCCUCUUGUGCCACUUAGAGUAAAUUGACAUGGUUGGCUUUCUAACCUUUUUUUGACAUGCAUUAAAUACUAACCAAUGAUGUCUAUAGUUAUUUAGUUACAUUUAUUUAUCAACACUUCUCACCUUUUGGUUUGUGUUAUUGUCAACUCUGCACAUGAUUCAGACCAAUAAGUGAGCUCAUCUUUGGAGACUGCUUCUCUUUUGGAUAAAAAGAUCAACUGUGAUGGAAGUAGCCCAGACUAAACACAAAUAAAGACUACAUGAACCAUC